UGCGCCCCGGACUGUACACCAGAUCGGUGAGUCCACUAAGGGGUGUUAGUUUUGCUUUCUGUGGUUUAUUUCGGGCUCGCGUGUUUGCGAGCAUCGAGUUUUUGGAGACAACUUUGUGAGGAAAAGUGCAUUCUGAUGUCUUAGAGAAGAUUGAAGAGGCAUGGAAAACGUGAUUCGGCUAGUGUAGCAUACAGGCUGCGUGUACUUAGAAGACAAAGUUUGCCAUCGUUAUCCGGUCGAUCAUCCGGAGCGAGCAGGAUGACAAUGGAAGAUCGCACGGGUGGCAUCGACCGCGCCACCCCCGCGACCUCGACGCCGGUCACAACGGCACUGACGACGGCGUGCCCCGCGUCCAUCAGCGACGUCACGCCCGACGCGUCGUACCCCAUUCAACGAGCUAGCAAGCGUUCUUUCGAUGUCGCUUUCCUCGUGGCACCCGAUGAAAAUCUUGCGCGUCGUCAGAACGAAAAGUUGCGAUUGGUGAGCAGUCGAAAAGACCGUCCGCGAGAUGACGUCUCCGUUGAUAAUGUUCUGGACACUGAUAGGCUACCGCAGAAUCUCACUAUCAAGCAUUACGACAACGAUUCUGUCAGUUCAGAUAGAAGAAGAUUGCUGCAAUGUACGGAGAACUCGCUAAGUCCACCGUACGUAUCGCCUAGAACCUUAACGCCAACCUUGCCAGGACUCUCCCCGGACUCCGACGGAAGGAGAUACGCACCGACCGGUAGUCGACUUCAGAAGACCCCGAGUCCGCCUACCUUUGUUGGACAUCAGUCGAUGUUGGCCACCUGCCCGGACUCCACGGAUCCUUCGAUUUUGGCUUGCGCGAAGAUUUACGAGACUGGCAUCUCCUGCGCGACCGAUCGUCACGGCGAAUCCCGCAGUGCCUUCACAAAGGUUAGUCUGGUUGGCCAGCGGAAUGGCUUCAACGACGAUAGCCAAGCGUCGCCGAGAUCGUCGAUAUCGCCGGAUGAUCGCGCGAGUUAUCAGAGUAGCGUCAGUCCGCCGGUGGUGUCGUUGCCCGGUGCAACGAGCUACAAGUACGCACCGUUCCCCACCAAGAUGGCAUAUCCCUUUCUGGCCGUGGGCUCGGAGGCCGGUCAGACGGCGUUGUUGGAGAACCUGAAGAUCUCGCAGAUCGCUCAGCCGCCCAAGGUGCCCAGUCCGAAGGUACCCACUUUCCGACCGGAUCUCCCGCCGGUCUAUCCCAACCUUUCCUACAAUCCCAUAUCCGUAUUCCCGCCGAUGGCAGAUGCUCUGGUCAGACCGAGAUUCCUGGCUACCGCUGCCGGGGUAGCUGGUCUCCUGCCACCGUCGCUCGCCGCCCUGACUUUACCGGCGCAGAACGUCUGCGCCAAGUGCAACCUGUCGUUUCGCAUGACUUCCGAUCUAGUCUAUCACAUGCGCUCUCACCACAAGAGCGAGAACUCAGGCGAGGCAGCGAGGAGAAGGAGAGAGGAAAAGCUCAGGUGUCCCGUCUGCGACGAGAGCUUUCGCGAGAGGCACCAUCUCACUAGACACAUGACCGCCCAUCAAGACAAGGAGAGUGACGGCAUAGUUGAGCAGGUCGAGAUCAAGAGGAGAACUACCAGUGUUCACAGUAAGUGACGACGGAAACUGCCGAUCGAAGAUGAUAUUCUAACGACUGGCUAUUCUUUCGAGAACUGAAUCGAUAAAUAACAAGAAGUAGCAGGUUAUAAUGUUUUUAGUUAAUGUGAUAACGAUGAAAAUGAUGUUUGUUUAUCAUUAUUAUGUCUUAGAUUGAAAGAAAAAUUAAGGCAUUAUCUCUUGCAACAAAGAAAA